GCAUGCGCGUUCAUCCACCGACGCGUCACACAGUCAACAUGGACCCGACGGUGAAGCGGUAGCGACGGACGCCUCUACGAGUCAUGUUUAUAUUCUCCCAUUACGACGUUUCAUUAUUCAGAGGAAAACACUCCGGUUGACCGGAGUACACCUAUAAUGUACAGCUUCGAAAAUCUGCCGCCCGUCCGUGGAUAAGUGAUUGAUGAGAUACCGGUCAUGGCUGGAUUGAUCAAGAAACAGAUCCUGAAACAUCUCUCCAGGUUUGCUAAGAACCUCUCCCCAGAUAAGAUUAAUCUGAGCACUCUGAAAGGGGAGGGCCAUCUUACCAACCUGGAGCUGGAUGAGGAGGUUUUGCAGAACAUGUUGGAUCUGCCCACCUGGCUCGCCAUUAAUAAAGUCUUCUGCAACAAAGCCACCAUCCGGAUCCCAUGGACCAAGCUGAAGGCUCAUCCAAUCACUCUGACUUUGGAUAAAGUCAUCAUGGAAAUGAGCACCUGUGAUGAGCCUCGUCCUCCCAACGGCCCAUCACCCAUUGCAACAGCGUCGGGUCAAAGUGAAUAUGGUUUUGCGGAGAAGGUUGUAGAGGGCAUCUCUCUCUCUGUGAACUCCAUAGUAAUCCGCAUCAGCGCCAAAGCUUUUAAUGCCUCCUUCGAGCUCUCGCAGCUCCAGGUCCACAGCGUUAACACCAGCUGGACCGCCAGUGACCUCCGAUACACACGCAUCCUGGACCCCACACGUGGAGAGAUCCUAACAUUUAAGGAAGUGAGCUGGCAGAUGAUCAGGAUUGAAGCGGACGCCAUCCAGAACACAGAACAUGAGGUUGUCAGCGCCCCCAUACGCCUCAUCACCAACCAGUCAAAGAUCAGAGUCUCUUUAAAGAGGAGGAUGAAAGACUGUAAUGUUAUUGCAUCAAAGCUGAUUCUGGUCAUGGAUGACCUGCUGUGGGUGCUGACGGACUCUCAGCUCAAGGCCAUGGUGCAGUACGCCAAGUCUCUUAGUGAAGCCAUGGAGAAAUCAGCCGCACAGAGGAAGAGCAUGGCCCCCGACACCACACAGGUAACCUCGGCGCCCCCCUCAGCCCAGCAGGUGCGCACACAGCAGGCUUCAGCCACAGCAGAUCAGAGUGCUUCUAUGGCACGGCUGUUUAACGCCCAUGAUGUACGUGAGACCUCACACCACCUCCAAAUCAAACAUCUCGACCUGCAUAUCUGCGAUGACACCAUUGACAACGACAGAGGAAUUAAUAAGAGAUUAGAUGGUGGUGCAGUGCAGUUGUCCUUCAGCUCUAUCAGCAUAGAUUAUUAUCCCUACCACAAAGCUGGUGAGACCUGUAUGCACUGGAUGCAUUACGGUGAGGCCACAAAGUCCCGUGAGGCCUGGGCCUGUUCUCUCCUGGAUGAGUUCAAGUCUAAUUUGGAAAUGCUCAAAAAUGCAGUCAGUGGUCAGACCCAGAGCUCCCCUCAACAUGUCCAUCAGUCGAUUGUCUUAGAAGCGAAGGGUGGAGAGAUAAUGGUUAGGGAGCUGGACUCAGGCCCAGAUGGCUUGUGGCCGCUCUCCCCCACGGCCAACUGCUGCUGGUGUCUGGAGACAGGAAAGAUCUCCACCAGCUCCAGUACUUCAUUCUCGCCCCCACCUGCACCGAGAUCCCAACUCAUGUCCAGCUCAAUUGUGCUACAGAUAGCAGAUUUCAGCAUCUAUCAGGUGUCUACAGCAGACCAGUCACGCUCAAGUCCUCAAACCAUGAUCUCCUGCAAUAAGAAAUCCCUCUACCUCCCCCAAGAGAUGCCGGCUAUCCAUGCUGAAUUCACAGAGUACUACUUCCCGGAUGGCAAAGACUAUCCUAUCCCUUGUCCCAACCUGUAUGUGCAGUUAAACGCACUACAGCUGGUGCUUGACUCUCGCAGUCUGGUUUGGCUCAAUCUGUUUGCGCUGGACCUUCGUCAGAGCUUAGAGCAAUUUAUGGAGCUGUACAAACUCAAUGACUCACAGAAACCUGACGAGCAUGUAGAUAUCAGAGUGGACGGACUCAUGCUGAAGCUGGUGAUCCCUACAGACCAGGAGAAGACUCAGCCUGACCAGCCCCGCUCAGUUUCAGUCCAGACCUCAGAGAUGGUAGCCACUAACACACGUCACUCUCCUGGAUGUACUCGGUCCAGUCUGGAAGCCCUCUUGCAGGCCUUCAAGGAACAACCCUUCUUCACCUCCCUCUCUUCGUCUUUUCCUCGCUCCCAAAACUCCUUCUCUGUGCUGCAUUCUGUCUUCCAGCGGCAUGCUCACGAGCAGGACACACGCAUUCAUGAUGUGUACCGUGGCCUUGCUCCGCCAUCUCUCUCCACCAAUGCCCUCAAAACACCAGCAGCCACUGACUUGUGGGCCGUGCAUUUUUCCCAGUUCUGGGUGGAUUAUGAGGGCUCACGCAGUGGGCGAGGUCGUCCGACACCUUGUGUGGACUCCUUCCCUCUGACAUUUUGGGCAUGCCACCCUGCCCGAUACACUCAGCUCCAUGAGAGGCUCAGAGCAGGCGCAGGGUCAGACCUGUUGCCUCGCAGUGAGUCAGCAGAGAUAGCCAGUCGUCUGCAGAGGAAGAAGCUUCUAAAGGAGUACUACAGCACUGAUACAUCUCCCAGCAACACGCCAAGCAAUGGCCUCCACAAACCACGCUCUCUGGAUGGCCUUUUAAGCAACUCCUCUUCGUCUCUUUCCCUUGCUUCCUCAUCCUCGUCCAGUGAAGUGGACUUGCAGGUGCUAGUGCAUGUCCAGAAGCACCUGAGUGCUCAGGUGAGCCAUGGGCAGUAUAUGUUUCUGCUCAGACUGCAAAAUGCUGUGAAAUCUCUGCAGCGCUCUUUACAGCAAGAUCUGGAGCAGUACGGCUCCAAGCGCCAGGGUCCCACUCAACCCUUCAGUGCUUGCGUGGGCGUGCACAUGAAAAGUGCAGAAGUUACACUACUCCUAAAGCCCAUUCCCCAACCAGAUUUAAACUCCAGCCCUCUGGACUCAGACGUAUCCCCUUCAGAAAGCAGGGCCACUCUUGAAGCCGGGAGUGAGGUAAGCGAGGGGCACGAGAGGCCCUCGGCUGCAGGAGAGGGUACUCGAAAUGCGGAUCAGCUCCUUUGUGCAGGGACACAUGCCAUCAAUGCAUCUCCUCUCCUUCCUUCUCCAUCUCCUGCUCUGAGAAAGUCAUCUGUGGAUGAGAGGAGUAGCGUGGUAUCUGGAGGGAGGGUGCCAUCUGAGGAGAAGAAGGAUUUGAGGGAAGGCUAUCCCAAUGGGGAGGGCAAAAGAACUGAAGCCGAAGGGCAGCAGAGUGUAACCUCACAAGGUGGAACCAUGGUAAUAGAUCCCAUGUCUGACAAUUCCUCCAGGGAAUGGACCGACAAGAGUCAUGGAGGCAGGCUACCUCAGUCCAUGUCCAGGAAAGGCAGUUUAUCAGUGGUCUCUGACCUCUUAACUUCCACGCACAGCAGGUCUACCUCCUUAUAUUCCAUGUCCAACAUUGGUCGAUUGAUUCAGGGCAAGUCGCAGUCGAGUUUCUCAGUAUCCUUUUCUAAGCUCAUGAAGAAAAGCCCUUCACUACAGUCUCUGGAUGAUGUCUCCAUUGACAGUUACUCACUCGAGGAUUGUGACAGCUACAGCCUGCUGGAGAGAGAUGACAUAUCAAUAUCUGGUUUUAAGGAUGUUCAAAAUGAACAGAUUUCCACAGAAGGGACAAAUGUGACUCUCGCUCAGGAGGCAGAUGAGGGCCAGUCACCUGACGCCAUCAGCAAUGCCUCACAGAGCAUAGAUGAACCCACGAAAGACCUUGUGUCUGUGCUGGUUUUGAAGAUUCAGUCAGUCUGCUGUUCUCUGGAUCUGAAGGGAGAUGAUACAGCAGUUGCUCUGGAGGUAGGACGAAUCCGACCCAACCAGCUCGGCAAUGUCAGUUUGCGGCAGUAUCUUAGCAACCGCGGCCUGGGUUUAUUGUCUACAGCAUCAGUCGCUCAAAGUUGCGAAGGUACUUCAAGCUCUGGGUCAGGGUCGGACCUCAGCACGGUGUUAUUAAAUCCAGAGGUGCAGGUGAGGCUUGAAAGCGGCCCGGGAGCUGCGGUUCACUCUCCUCUGGCCGAACAGAAUGGCUUCCUGCAGUGCCGCCUACAGGCCUUCAGUGCCGACUUCCUCAUGACAUCACUGCGAAACCUCGCUCUCUUCAUGGAGGAUGACUCCACCUCCCAGGUUCUCCCCAUGGAGAUCACCAUCAAAGAUACACACGUCAAUCUGAAGGAUGAUGGUCCCCGUGACAAAGCAUCAGAGCCCGAGGCCACGCCCAUUGCCGUGCAUAUUCACAAUCUUCUUAUUCAUCGCCAAGAUGAUGGCUCAUUCAGCAUCGGAGGAGCUGAGCGUGCUGCGGACUCAAAGCUUCAGAAGGCGGGGCCUGUGAAUGACAGCAGGCUCAGUUCUGUCCCUGAAGUUCCUGUAGGUGUGGCCAGUGAGCCGAAAGCCACUCAGACUGCAGCUCUGUCACCCACAAGCCCCACCCCCUCAAGUAGAGAACAGCUGCUCAUGGAGGAGAAUGAAUGCUUGAAACUUGAGCUCUCCAAAGCCAAGAUGGCGCUAGCUGAAGCCCAUAUGGAGAAAGACUCUCUCCAGCAUCAAAUGAAGAACCUCAAACUCACCAGCAGGGGCAGCAACAGCUAGUGGCAGUGCAUGUAUGUGUGUGCAUACAGGACUGACACCUGCCACUGGGGGGCAGCAGAGUGCUUGGAGGGGCCCGGCCCCAUAAAAAAUCCCAACUCUGCAUCCGAGAAGAGGAUGGUAUGUGUGCCGGGACGGUGAUCUCACCUCGGGAUCCAGACUUUGCAAUCAGUGGCAUCUGCUCUUAAAGAACAGUGUUCUUUACUAUAGUAUACACACAAAGCUUUAGCAUCAGAAAAAAUCAAGUGAAAAGUCUCUUCGGACAGCCUGUGGAAUUCCACAGAUUUUUUUUGUUGCUCUCUUCCUGUUUUCAAUAUGUCUUUCACUUCAUUAAUUUUUGUGUCGACGAGCAAAGAGGUGAUGAACUCACAUUCUCUCUCACUAUCUCUCUCAAACUUUCGUACACAAUGUAGAAGCACAUUCCACCCUUGACCUUUAACCCCAGAGCAGUCUUACACACUAAGUGUCAGGGUGUGUGAUGUUGAAUGUCAUAUCUUUGGAGGAAUGUCUUAAAAAAAUAAUUUUGCACUGCUUCGAACUCUUUUGUUAAACAAUAACUAAAGACAUUAUAAUAUCUAGUGAUUAAUACUUUUGUGGUUAUGUAUAGUAGUUAAAGAAUGUUUUGUUAAUAAGUUCCAUUGAAUUGGUGUAGUCCAAAUUUACCUUCAUUAUGUUAAUAUCUCAAAAAUGGGAAUAUGUUUUCGGAAUUAUGUUCACAAACACACUACAGGAUUUUGCACGACUCGAUCUCUCUAACUGUAUGGACAGAUUCUGUGUUUUGCAGUGCAACACUUUGAUAUUAGUUCAGUAUUCGCAACUAAAAACGUGGUCAUUCCAUGUUUGUCUUUUUAUGUUAAUAUUUGCACUGCAACAGUCAAAAUUAAUUUUCAGGGGUUAUUUAAUGUUAAAAUACCAUUCAGUCUGAACAUGGAAUGUUUAACUGAUGCUUUGUCACAUUGUUGAUCUGAUUACCAGCAUUUCUGCACCAAAAAAACAAAAACAAAAGAAAAAACGGAUGGAUGGAUGUUGAGUGAAAACCACUUAGAUGAAAUGAAAUCUAAGAGUUUGUAUAAGUACAUUUUUGUUUUUGGCUUUUCUUAUUUAUACUUUAAAAGAGAAGGGCCUGUUUUAUGAUGAAAUAGGACGGGGAAAAAUUAUUUAAAUGUUUUCUUGGAUUUGCUUCACUCUGUCUCCUCCCUUUUGUUUUCUUUCUGCUUGGUUUUUCCUCUCUACAGCGGCCUCUACAAGUGCCUGUGACUGCACACCUACUUCAGAGGUACUGCUCGAUAUUUCUCUCACAUUUUGUUCUCUAAAUGAAUGUUUUAAUGCUCUUCACAACACAAGCUUCCAUCUGGAGAACAUUUUUCAGGUGUUAGGACUUGACCAUGGAGAGCUGAAUGACACCUGAUUGUAGGAAACAAGAACUUUUAUUUUGUAGUUCUAGGCCACACCCCAUGCCACAUUAGCCCCGCCUCAAUAUAUAAUAGACACGCCCAUUAUAGAUGGAGGCCCACCUCUUUAGCACAAAUGUUCAAACAAGCAAACUUGUAAAAUAGUUAUUCCUUGUGUCCAUCAGAAGCUGCUGAAGACCUGAGACAUCUGAAAUAAAAUGAGGAAAUAAAAUUUCAAAUGUUUUAUUAAUAA